AGUAGUCGAGGCCCAUUCAAACGUUACUUUUCCUUUUUCAUGAUUCUCCCGUCGUUCUGUCACGAUCUGGGUGUCAGCUCAAAAUUGUUCAGCAGGAAGACUUCGCGAGAAGCGGUCUAUCACUCUCCAGUGCGUGCGUUUUUCGCUUCAGUCCAGAACGGCAGAAUCUGCCCGGUCGGUCUCUGCAGCAGCCGGUGACUCUAGGUACUUCAGACGCUCUCCUUGCCCGGUAUUUGACCGUAGCUGCGUUGCUUGAAAAAAAUCCAGUUCCGACUGCGCCAUCAUAGCCUAGGCGUGUAGCCGGUCCGAAGCUAUUCCUAAGCUCUUCCGUCAGUUCGGCUAGCUAGUCGCGGAGGCAAGAUGCCGUCAGGGCAGCAGCAGAAAGGGAUGCAGCGAAGGAGGAGUUUCGCCAAUCACAACUACCUGAAAGGCAAAGAGGUCUCGCCAUGCGCUAAGUAUGUCCUCUUCCUGCUCAAUCUUUUACUCUGGCUAAGCGGAGGGUUGGCAAUCGGAAUCGGUGCCUAUGCCCUGGUUCUACAGAAGGUCACCUUCGACGUGACCAGCUUGAUUCUCAACCCGGGCGUGUGGUUCAUCGCUAUCGGCGCUACCAUGUUUUUCAUCGGAUUCUUUGGAUCAGUCGGGGCUCUCAGGGAGAACAAGUGCAUGCUGAAAACGUAUGGCUAUUUGGUGCUGGUCAUUGUCAUUCUGGAGGUUGGUGUCGGCCUUGCAGCCUUCCUGCUACAGGAUGAAUUUAUCAAGCGUACAAAGAGUGUCAUGCUUGAUGCUAUCAAACAGUACCACACCACCAAUAUGCAGACCGACCUGGAUGAUACUGUGGAAGGCGUGCAGAUGAAUUUGAAGUGCUGUGGCGCGGACACGCCGCGCGACUGGCUCAAGAACAACCGCUACUUCAACUGCACCGAGGAGCUGUUCAGCGACCUGAUAAGCAGUUGCGGAGUACCGCCAUCCUGCUGCAGGACAAACUCUCAGACAGAUUCUCAGUGUGGUUAUAAGGUGUUUGCAUAUCCUGAGAUGCCAGUAGCUGAGCAAGCCAAGUGGCCCUCAAUUUUUAACAGAUCAGAAAUUAUCUACGAAGAAGGUUGUGGCGAUGCGGCUCUCAAGUGGGUGAAGGAUAACUAUGUUCUAGUCGGAGGAAUUGCGUUCGGCCUUCUCUUCCUCGAGGUCGUUGUGAUUCUAAUGGCCUGCCACUUGGUGGAUCAGAUCAACUUUCUGCUGGAUCUGGCCUAGGCUGCACGUGAUCUUCCUGGCUGCUGAUUGUAAAUGUGACGUGGCAGCAAAGGAGCCGCAGCACACACCUGCCUGGCCUGGCUGUGUAACCAGAGUUCAUCUGGUCGUUUAGAUGUGAAGGGCGCUAUAAGAAGGAACAACCAAGUCGUGGUUCCCGUUUCACUCAAAGUUGCCUCUCCACUGACUUUUCUAGUGGCUGAAUAGAACCGUACCUGACACUGGAAACUUGCAACAUGAUGAGAUGUGGUGUUGUAAAUAGUACCGUAGUACUGUUGCUUGCGUUGGUACUCAGCUUUCCUGAACCGAUUAGAUUUCGCAGCUACCCUGUAUUGUUUCGCCUUUGCAGCUGUAUUCCCAGGGACUCGCAGUGUAUUGUCUGCUGUCUCCGCCGGCUCUCUAGGCACAGAAGUCAAGUACCAAUUCAUUCGCUGUAUGUAUGCCUUUUAGCCCGGUCGUAACUGCUCUUUUUCUACAAGAGGUAUUGACACAAAUAUAGACCGUUUUUCAUUGGAUCAAUAUUUCGCAUUCGAUCUUGGCAGGUAAAUUAUACUUGAAGUAGUAGUGGAAACUACCGGUAAGGUACAUGAAUUCUUUGUCCGAGUUCCUUUUUUGUCAUCCAUUUUAUUUACCUUUCCUAUUUAGUGGGCUCCGCCCCUGGUUAGCUUAA